UAUUUGUGGAAUUCAGCAUCUGGAACGAGCGGGAAACAAGCUGACUCUCUUUGACUCCCUCUAUUUCUGCAUAGUGACAUUUUCCACUGUAGGCUUUGGAGAUGUUACUCCCAAGAUCUGGCCUUCCAAAUUGCUGGUUGUCAUUAUGAUCUGUGUUGCCCUUGUAGUCUUACCAAUACAGUUUGAGCAACUGGCUUAUUUGUGGAUGGAAAGACAAAAAUCAGGUGGAAAUUAUAGCCGACAUAGAGCUCAGACGGAGAAACAUGUUGUUUUGUGUGUCAGUUCUCUUAAGAUUGACCUGCUUAUGGAUUUUCUAAAUGAGUUCUAUGCUCAUCCUAGGCUCCAGGACUACUAUGUGGUUAUAUUGUGUCCCACUGAGAUGGAUGUUCAGGUUCGAAGAGUGCUUCAAAUUCCAAUGUGGUCCCAAAGGGUUAUCUAUUUGCAAGGUUCAGCACUGAAGGAUCAAGAUCUCCUGAGAGCUAAGAUGGAUAACGCGGAGGCCUGUUUUAUUUUAAGCAGCCGUUGUGAAGUGGACAGAACUGCAGCGGACCAUCAAACCAUUUUAAGAGCUUGGGCACUUAAAGAUUUUGCUCCAAAUUGUCCACUGUAUGUUCAGAUAUUGAAGCCUGAAAAUAAGUUUCAUAUUAAAUUUGCAGAUCAUGUUGUAUGUGAAGAGGAAUUUAAAUAUGCAAUGUUGGCUUUAAACUGUAUUUGCCCAGCUACAUCAACGCUUAUCACCUUAUUAGUUCAUACUUCAAGAGGGCAAGAGGGCCAACAGUCACCAGAACAGUGGCAGAAAAUGUAUGGGAGAUGCUCUGGGAAUGAAGUAUAUCACAUUAACUUGGAGGAGAGUGUGUUUUUUGCUGAGUAUGAAGGAAAGAGUUUCACAUACGCAUCUUUCCAUGCACACAAAAAGUUUGGUGUUUGCUUAAUCGGUGUUAGGAGAGAAGAUAACAAAAAUAUUUUGCUGAACCCAGGCCCCCGGUAUAUUAUGAGCUCUUCAGACAUAUGUUUUUAUAUUAAUAUCACAAAAGAAGAAAAUUCUGCUUUUAAGAAACAAGAGCAACAUCGGAAAAAUCACUCAUCAAGGUUGUUUUAUCAUGGUCCUUCUCGACUGCCAGUGCACAGCAUAAUUGCUAGUAUGGGUACUGUUGCUAUAGAUUUGCAAGAUACAGGCUGCAGAUCUCCAAAUGCAACUACCUUAACUCUUCCUUCAGAAGCCGCUAAAACAGGCAGAAGGCCCAGCAUUGCACCUGUUCUGGAGGUUGCAGACACUUCAGCACUUCAUAGCUGUGAUCUCUUAAGUGACCAGUCAGAAGAUGAAACCACACCCUCUGAUGAAGAAGUUUUGAAUGGUCUGGAGUAUUUAAAAGGCUAUCCCCCUUACUCACCUUAUAUAGGAAGUUCUCCUACCUUCUGCCAUUUGCUCCAUGAAAAAGCACCAUUUUGCUGUCUCAGAUUAGAUAAGGGGUGCCAGCAUAACUACUAUGAAGAUGCCAAAGCUUAUGGAUUCAAAAACAAAAUAAUUAUAGUUGCUGCAGAGACUGCUGGAAAUGGACUCUACAACUUUAUUGUUCCUCUCAGGGCUUAUUACAGACCAAAGAAAGAACUCAAUCCGAUUGUGUUGCUGCUGGAUAAUCCGCCAGAUAUGCAUUUUCUGGAUGCAAUCUGUUGGUUUCCAAUGGUUUACUACAUGGUGGGCUCUAUUGACAAUCUAGAUGAUCUGCUAAGGUGUGGUGUGACAUUUGCUGCCAACAUGGUUGUUGUGGACAAGGAAAGCACUAUGAGUGCUGAAGAAGAAUACAUGGCAGAUGCUAAGACAAUUGUAAAUGUACAGACCCUCUUUAGGUUAUUCUCCAGUCUGAGCAUAAUUACUGAAUUAACUCAUCCUGCCAACAUGAGAUUCAUGCAGUUCAGGGCCAAAGACUGCUAUUCUCUUGCUCUAUCAAAAUUGGAGAAGAAAGAACGAGAGAAAGGUUCCAACCUGGCAUUCAUGUUUCGAUUGCCCUUUGCUGCUGGCAGAGUUUUCAGUAUCAGCAUGCUGGACACCUUGCUAUAUCAGUCAUUUGUUAAGGAUUACAUGAUCUCUAUCACUAGACUUCUGCUGGGACUGGAUACUACACCAGGAUCUGGGUUUCUCUGUUCUAUGAAAAUCACAGAAGAUGAUUUGUGGAUCAGAACAUAUGCCAGACUUUAUCAGAAGCUUUGUUCUUCGACUGGAGAUAUUCCUAUAGGAAUCUAUAGGACUGAAUCACAGAAACUAGUAACAUCUGAGUCUCGAGAAAUGGCUUCACAAUCUCAAAUUUCUAUCAGUGUGGAAGAAUGGGAGGACACCAAGGAUAAUAAAGAACAAUUUAACUACCGUAGCAAUCACCGUAACUCAACUUCAAGUGAUCAGUCAGAUCAUCCUUUGUUACGACGAAAAAGUAUGCAGUGGGCUCGGCGGCUGAGUAGAAAAGUGCCAAAGCAUUCAGCAAAAACAGCAGAGAAAAUAAGCCAGCAGAGAAUGAAUCUUUACAGAAGGUCAGAAAGACAAGAACUUGCCGAACUGGUGAAAAACAGAAUGAAACAUCUGGGACUCUCAACAGCAGGAUAUGAUGAAAUGAAUGAUCACCAAAACACUCUUUCAUACAUUCUGAUCAAUCCUUCUCCAGACACACGACUUGAGCUGAAUGAUGUUGUAUACUUGAUCCGCCCAGAUCCAUUGUCAUAUGUUCCAAAAAGUACAUCUAGCCAAAAAAACAGCUUCUGCAAUGCCAUUGGGCAAGACACCAGAGAAGAAACACAACUUUGAUGCAUCACUCGGUUCAUUGAUGGAAAGACAUUUUUAUACAAAUAACUGUUUUGGAAUUUAGUGAUGAUGAAUUUAGUAUAGCUGGACCUUUCUGAGAACUGGCUUAUAAUGGUCAAUGAAUGUUAAUAGAACAACUGCUUUAUUUAAGUUAUAGGAAUGAUUCUGAAAAGCUGUCUAAGAUUUUUCAAUAAUUAUUCAGAUCCUGGAACUAAAACUAGCAGAACUAUGAAAAGUCUAAGCAAGUAUGCCAUGGUUUACUAGUAGAAAGUAGAAAAAGUGAUACUGUGCUCAAAAUCUUGUUUCUUAUCUUGGUUUCAAUUAGCCACUGUGCAGCCAUAACUUAUUUC